AUGGGCUUGAACCUAGUAGAGGUUUCUUGCCCUAUGUUUGCACUCCAUCACAAUUCAACUAAGGAUGAUAAUCCACCUCAGAUGAAGGAUAAGCAGAGUAUGGGAAACAAUGAUGAUUUCUAUUGUGGGUUUUCCAUGGAAUCGACGAGUGGAAGGUUGAGUGAGGAUGAUUUGAGAAGACACUUCGCCAACUAUGGGGAAGUGGAGCAUGCUGUGGUUCUCUCUGACGAAGAUGGAAGAGGGUUUGGCUGUGUUACUUUCACAGACCAAGAUAUUUUUAAUGUAGUCCUGCAAGGAAAAUUUUCGGUACGUACUCGUUUGAGAGGACACUUCGGCGAAUAUGAGGUAGAUGUGGAAGCAGCCCUGUGCAUUAGUGAGAGUCGUCUUCCAAGUGAUCUGACUGAGCUGGAAUUCAAGGACUACUUUGAGAGUUUUGGCACGGUUACUGAUGCUAGCUUUGUGUAUGACAAGAAAAACCACAAACCGAGGGGCUUUGGAUUUGUUAGUUUUGAUUCAGAAGAAGCUGUGGAUAAUGUGCUGCAGAAAGGGUUUCACAAACUGAAAAAUCUGACUGUGGAGGUUAAGAGAGCAAAAUCGAAGGAGGACAGGAAUCAGGAACUGUACAAUAAUGGAACUAGUAUUCAUAAGAUUUUUGUAAAAGGUAUUCCAAAUGAUCUGACAGAGCCGGAAUUCAAGAAAUACUUUGAUAGUUUUGGCACGGUUACUGAGGCUUUCUUUAUGUAUAACCCACAAACCAACAAACGGAGGGGCUUUGGAUUUGUUAGUUUCGAUUCAGAGGAAGCUGUGGAAAGGGCAUUGCAGAAUAGGAGUCACAAAAUGGAAAAUUGGACUUUGGAGGUUGAGAGGGCUGAACCUUUCUCUAUGUUUGUUCACCCCUCAAUGAUUGAGAUGUUGGAUGCCGCUACUGAGGAUGCUCUUAAGCGUGGUAGUUGGAUUGAUGCUCUUUUUGUAUCACUUGCAUCAUUUGAACCCCAGGACGCUUUUAAAAUUAUUUUCCCCUGUCCAUCUGUUCAACUGGCUCUCAAGUCUAAUAAAGUACUCGUUUUUGGGGAGUCUUAUGUAUUUAGCAAUGGCUUUGUCAAGGCUGUGUAUGAUUGA